AUGCCUCGAAGAUACGAGCCUACCCUCGAGGAGGUCGUCAACCGAUCCGACCCAGAAGAUGAUGACUACGAUGACAGAGAACAGCGGUCGCGCAGGCCAGCCAAAAAGCCCAAAAGCAAGUCAAGGAAACAAGCGUCUAGAAAGCGCAAGCGAGACUCAGAUGACGAUAUAGACGAGGAUACAGAGCUUUCGGAGGACGAGGACGAUCUAUCAGAUGACUUUGAAGAUGACAUCGAGGACCCAAAUGCAGAGAGGAAUGCGCGUGGCUCUGUGAGAAGACAAGCCACUACGAAGAAAGUAUCCUACGCAGAGUCAUCUCCUGAUGAAGACGAAAUUGACGAGGCUCUAGAGGAUAAGGAAGAAGAGAAGGACGAAGAGGAAGAGAUACAAGCAAAUAAAGGGAAAAGACGCAAGUUAAUCGUCAAGGUCAAGCUCCCAAUCCAAACACAGUCCGCUACUACAGAACCCCCUCCCUCCGGCCGUGCAACACGCGCCCGCGGUCGUAGCGCGAGUGUCCAACGUCAAGAUCAGGCUAGCGCAGGCGCUCGACAGUCAACCCGGCGAAGCAGUCGUCUUGCACACGAUGAUAGGGAAGAUAUCGUUGCUCUCUCUGGCUCAGGUCGCCAUGUCGAAACGAUCCGCCAGGGUACUCGCAGCCCCGAGCCUGUUAAACCACAUCCCGCACGCCAGGGACAACAGUUGUCUCAUGUUGAGGAAGAAGAAGGCGAUGGAGACGAAUCGAAGAUACCCAAGGAUGAGGAGGAUGACUCCCACAUAGAUCGCGUAGGUGCAUCUCAGGUAGAGAUAAUGGAAAGUGAUCCUCAGGGAGGAUUCGACGAAGAUGCACCGGCCGUUGCAGCGUCUGACAAUGCCCAACCGCCCGCAGACGAGGAUGCAGAGGGAGAUGAAGCAGACGUUGAAAUGGGCGAGGACGGCAUCGUCCCUGAAUCUCAACAUGAUCACGUCGAGCAGGAAGACGAGGAAGACGAGGAAGACGAGGACGAUGAAGGACCGGUAUCACGAAGGUCUAGACGAAGCAGAGUACAAGAGGAGCCAGCAGCGGAAGAAGAGGCACAGGCUGAAAAAGAGGGAAGCCAGCCAGUUCGCCGAUCUACUAGACGAAAUGCGGGGAAAAGAUCUCAACCACCAGGAGACGAUGGGAGUGACUUUGAACCAAACGAAGAGAGCCACGAAGAAGAGGAGCUUUCCGACUCAGCUGCAUCACUAGCUUCUCCCCAAAAGGAUGACAGUGGUAACGAGCCUCGUACCCGUCGUAGCAACCGGCAGCGCUAUUCUCACUCCCGUGCUGAGUCCGAAGCUCGUGAAAUCGAAGAGGAGCUGGCAGAAUUGAAAUCAACCCGGCCUCGACGGAAGAAACCAGAUAUUAUAUACGAAGACAAGCCUCGACGGACUAGGAAGUCGGUUGACUACCGACUUAUCCGCCCAGAACUUCUUCUUCCACUGGAAGAAAGUGAAGUUGAACCAGCUGGAUCUCCAUCGCGCCGUGGUGGACGUGCAGGUGGAAGCACAUGGCAAAGAACCCUCUUCUCUACUUACGGGCCCUUUGGCGGUGCUGGGCCGACACCUCUGCUCGGGGGCCCUGCGGGCAUGGGCGCUAGCGGAGGUGUAGACAGUGAUAGCUCAGAUGAUGAGCUUGCUGCCCGUUCCAAGGUCCCUGGUGCCCCUGGUGCCCCUGGUGGGAUGACGGCGGCCUCCCUUGCUCCCAGUCUAGGCCUAGGCAUGACGGGCCAGCUACACCCUGACCCUGCCCAAGGUGCUCCUGGAGUACCCGCUAACUAUGGAAAAAUAAAGGACAAGCAGGCUCUGGCCGAUGCUGACCCACUGGGAGUCAAUCCGAAUGUCAAUUUUGACAGCGUGGGUGGCCUUCAGGGCCAUAUUGAUCAACUGAAGGAGAUGGUUUCUCUACCCUUGCUUUAUCCAGAGGUCUUCCAGAGUCUAAAUAUCAUUCCACCUCGAGGAGUUUUGUUCCAUGGACCCCCAGGAACCGGUAAAACGCUUCUGGCGCGUGCAUUGGCUACCAGUGUCAGUACUGAAGGCCGGAAAGUGACCUUCUACAUGAGAAAAGGAGCGGACGCUCUGAGCAAAUGGGUUGGUGAAGCUGAGAAGCAGCUGAGGCUGCUGUUCGAGGAGGCGCGGAGAACACAGCCAAGUAUUAUAUUCUUUGACGAAAUCGACGGCCUUGCUCCUGUCCGAUCCAGCAAGCAAGAACAAAUCCAUUCCUCUAUCGUAUCCACCCUCCUUGCUUUGAUGGAUGGUAUGGAUGGACGAGGUCAAGUCAUCGUCAUCGGCGCCACCAAUCGACCUGACUCUGUCGACCCUGCUCUCCGCCGUCCAGGCAGAUUUGACAGAGAAUUUUACUUCCCGCUACCUAACGUUGACGCUCGCCGAGCUAUUAUUGACAUCAACACUAAAGGCUGGGAACCUGCUCUUUCAGAUGAAUUCAAGGACAAAUUAGCUGCUUCAACCAAGGGAUAUGGCGGUGCCGAUUUGCGAGCAUUGUGUACAGAGGCUGCUCUAAAUGCCGUACAACGGGUUUAUCCCCAGAUAUACCAAUCCAAGGACAAGUUGCUGAUUGAUCCCAAAAAGAUUAAGGUUUCUUUCAAAGAUUUUAUGAUCUCACUUAACAAAAUCAUUCCCUCUUCUGAGAGAUCUGCCUCGUCCGGUGCCUCUCCUCUUCAUAGCACGGUUGAGCCUCUACUGCGAGAGCCCCUGCGAGAAAUUCAAGAACGCGUUUCGAAACUUGUACCGAGGAGGAAAGCACUUACCGCUCUGGAAGAAGCACAGUUUGAACAACCCACCGACGACAUUGGAUUCAAGCGCGAGAAGCUUCAGGAAGAAUUCGAUCGAUCUCGUGUGUUCAGACCUAGGCUACUUAUCCGCGGUGAAUAUGGAAUGGGACAACAAUACAUUACAUCCGCCCUACUGAAUCACUUCGAGGGCAUCCAUGUGCAGUCAUUCGACCUAUCGACUUUAUUAAGUGAUUCGACUAGAUCACCUGAGGCCGUUGUGGUGCAACUAUUUGCCGAAGUCAAGCGUAACAAACCAAGUGUUAUUUGCAUUCCUAACAUCAGGUCAUGGUAUGAGACACUUGGGAACGCCGUGAUAUCGACCUUCAUGGGCUUGUUGCGUUCAAUUCCACCUACAGACCCCGUGUUAUUGCUCGGUAUCCUUGAAGGAGAAGCCGAGUAUGAGGCAAACUCUGAUAUAGUACGCAGCCUCUUCGGAUUUUCCAAGAAAAAUCAAUAUUUCCUCAACUACCCAGAGAUAUCUCAACGUCGAGAAUUCUUCCAGCCUGUUAUCAGCUUUAUCAGCACGGCACCAGUCGAUUUCCCUGACCCUGAUAACCGGAAGAAGCGAGUAAUUGAACAGCUGGAGCUUGCUCCUCCAGCUCCUCCGAAACCACCACCAGCUCCGACGAAAGAGGAACUAAAGGCGCAGAAACGGAAAGACCGACAGACGCUUAAUCUCAUGAAGAUUAGGAUACAACCCAUCAUGGACCAGAUCAGGAAGUAUAAGCGGUUCCGAACCGGUGUUGUAGACGAGUCGCAUAUACGAUACCUCUAUGAUGACGAUGAUCCAAAUAUUGUCACAUCCGAUUUACCUCCAGAGCAACGAAGCGCAUUUAGGCCGUACGAGAAGGACACGGACAAAGCCGGUGUUCCUGGGCUGCGGGAGGUAGCGUCAGGCAAAUUCUAUUACAACCUAGACAUCGUCACGAUUGAGAAGCGAUUGUCCAACGGAUAUUACAAGCGUCCAAAAGACUUUUUGGCUGAUAUCAAGCGAUUAGCUAAGGAUGCAAAGCAGCUUGGCGACCCUGAUAGGCAGCUGAAGGCGAACGAACUGUUGGCAAAUGUUGAAGUUGACAUCGGUGCAAUUGACAACACAGAUCCCGCCCUGGUGGCUGAGUGUGAGGUGGUAUAUACGCGCGAGCUGGAGCGUGAGAAGGCUGCGCUGGAGAAGGUAAAGCAGCCAGUAGCCGACGCCGAUGGAACGAUGAGACCUCCCACCGGCCCACCACCACAUAUGAACAUAGCGCAUGGAAGCAUUGAGCUAUCUAAUAUGUCAUCAGCUGGGCCAGUGGUGCUAGGCGAGCUAUUCAACAGCCCCUGCCCGGCACCUGGUAGCAAAUCUAGCGUUGGUUACCCAUCCCUAACCAAUGGACAUGCACCAGGUUUCGCUCCUCAUGGCGGUAUCGACGGCAUCCGACCUCCAACCAGCAACGGACCUCAGCAUAGACCAGCGGAAGGCGAUGGUGAUGUUCACAUGUCCAAUUCGGAUCACACUUCUGGCACACACCACCACAAUACCCAGAACAGCUCAUUUGGUCCAUCUGCACAGCCGCGGCCGCCACACUCGUAUACUGCGCCUUCGCAGUAUAUGAGACACCAAUCUGGUUUGUCUACAUUGUCGCAAAAGGGCAAUAUCACACCAAUGGCCCCCGGAUCACAGCCUGGCGAUUAUGUUAAUGAUGCCUCGACCACCCAAACAACCUCAGAUAAAAAGAAUUCAGGCCCAACUGAUAUAUUGCAUACCAAUGCUCAUACUUCUGUGGCUGGAUCCGCCAUACAUGAUGCACCGGAUCUUACAUUGUAUCCUGAUCGUGCUUCAGGUGAUGAGCAUCUUCCUGAAACUCAGCAAGGAGAUAGCUCCUGGGUUUCCUCUCAAAUGACGCCUCUCCGUGGCGUGGCUGAAUUUCUUCACUCGCAGUCAACAUCCAACACCAACGGUAGCCAGUCACAACCUCGCCAUUCCCAAGCAUCCCAGUCACACCCUGUUGGCCCUCCGCCACUCUUUGACGCAGCCUCUAGCCGUUCUUCGGGAGCUCACACACAUGGCAAUCCAGUUACCCCUCCCUCACGCAACGGCGGAUCCACCCGCAUCUCGAAUCUCAUCCAUAGUGAACCAAAACUGCCUGAACCACCGCUGCCUGACUUGAUCGUGGAUGAAGACUUGAACGCAGAACUCCAUGACGAGCUUAGCACCAAGACCAGAGGAUGCUCAGUCGAGCAACUAGAACAGAUCAACACUGAGCUUAUGGACUGUCUAUGGACCAAUCGCAAUGAGUGGAACAGGAAAGAAGUUGCUAUCAUGCUGAAGUCGACCUUCCUCGAAGCACUGGAUGAUAUAAAAUCAAGCCAGAACUUUAUCGACACAACGCAGAAACUGGGCCGCCAAUGA